AUGUCUGCUGUGGUGGAGACCAGCAUGCCUGUCGUCGUCAACGCCGACACGAGCCCUGUAUCACCGGCCCCGACCUCAAACUCCCCUCCUGCCUCACCUGCGACCGCAGCGUCUAAAGUUCCAUUCAGGAAAGACAAAAAGAGAGUGGCGGAUAAAACGGACGAGUACCUGCUGGCCAGGUUUCAAGGUGACGGCGUGAGGUACAAAGCCAAACUGAUCGGCAUUGACGACGUCCCCGAAGCCCGAGGAGACAAAAUGUGCCAGGACUCCAUGAUGAAACUGAAGGGAAUGGCGGUAGCUGCGCGCUCACAAGGAAAACACAAACAGCGGAUCUGGGUUAACAUUUCCAUGUCCGGCAUCAAAAUCAUUGACGAAAAAUCGGGAGUGAUCGAGCACGAGCACGUGGUGAACAAGAUCUCCUUCAUCGCCAGAGACGUGACGGACAACCGAGCUUUCGGCUACGUGUGCGGCGCAGAGGGCCAGCAUCAGUUUUUCGCAAUCAAGACGGCCCAGCAGGCGGAACCGCUGGUCAUAGACCUGAAGGACCUCUUUCAAGUCAUCUUCAACAUGAGGAAGAAGGAGGCGGAGGCCUCACAGAAGGGAGAAAAUGGCAGCGCAGUUGUCGAGAAUGGAAGUAAUGCUGCUCCAGUAAAAAGCGCCCAACCAGUGGAGCAGCUGGACCUGUUCGGAGACAUGUCGACACCUCCAGACAUCCGGUCUCCGGACGACUCUAAUGAUAUUCUCUUGCUGGACUUUUCCGCUGAAGUCGACAGCAAUCAGAAUUGCAUAAAGGAAAAGCUUUUAACUUCCUGUGCCGCCGACCACAGGGCACAGACAGAGAAUCCCUUCUGCUCAACGUUGUGCUACUUUCCAACCCCGGACAGCGACCCUUUCAGAGACGAUCCGCUGUCCGUCGGCGACGGCGGCCAGAUCGUCUCUGCUAGGACGGCCGUUAGCGACCCUUUGAACGGAGUAGCCGCCGCGCAGGCCUUAACCAGUAAGAGCGUGAUCCUUGCCCUUCGCAACGGCCAGUGGCCGCUCGGAGGCAAAAUAACGCACGGCGGUAUGAUGGACGGCAGCGAGUCGGGAUCGUCUCUGUCUGCGCAAAACCCCUUUUUUGACUCGAACGGUGCGAGCCACCAAUCUGCGGAGAAUGCGAGCAAGGACUCGGUGGUUCUAAACCCGCCUCCGCAGAACUCCAAGGCCGGACGAGGUCGAAGGAGUCAGAAGGCCUCAGCAAGUGAAUCGUUCGGAGCGGAUUUGUUUGCUUCUGAUGGCUCGUCGGCUGCCGGCAACCUGUUCAACAAUACGCCGACCAACGCUACGCAGUCCUCUAUCGCGGCUUUGGGAGAUCUUCAGUUAGGACCGACAGCGAGCACCAGCAUUCCUACUGCGGGCAUGUGGGCAACCUCCAGCGUUGGCCCAUCCAUGUACGGAGCCCCUGCCUACCCACAGCCGUCCGCCUUUGGCGGUAUUCCCAUACCACCCAACGCUUGGGGUCAGCAGAUGCCUCCUCAGUUCGGCGCCCCGCAACUCGCCUGGGGCCAGCCCACCUCGCCGCCCGCAGUUUGGGGCCACCCGGCUUCCACCAACCCUUUCCAGCCCGGCCCCUUCCCCGGCCUGGGUGAGCAGCAAGGUCCGUCCCGCCCGCCCCCACGGCCGCCUGUGAAAGAGGCCCCAAAAGUGGAGAGAAAUGCCUUCACUGCUUUGGACCCUCUUGGCGACAAAGAGAAGAAAACUGGGAAAGACAUGUUCAAGAAUUUCCAGCUGGCCAAACCGCCCGCCAUUCCUGCGAGGAAAGGCGAACAAGCGGCCGCCCCGGCGACAGAAUCAGGGGCUUUCGACGAGUACUUCUCCAAUAAAGUGGGCGUGGCUCAAGACGCUGCAGAUCAUGACGACUUUGACAUUAAUCAGUUGUCACCGGCAGUCAAUGACAAACCUCCAAACCUGAAUGCUCCUGGCCUCCUGGAUGCCGCCUUCAUCUCAAACAGCUCGGCUCUGGGACCAGGCCCGAAUGUAGACAUGUUCGAUGAGGCGUUUGGAGCCCCCAACGCCACUCCGUUUGGGGUGCCGGCUGCCCCAAUGACCGCCCCUGUUGCUCAGAACUCCACGAACACCUUUGGAGAUCCUUUUGGAAAUCCCUUCGCUUGA